AGCCCAGUUUCCCCAACGCUUUUUGGAAGGAUCAAAUAUAAAGUAGAGUCACACGUAGCUAAGCGUAGCAAUCCAGCUGCAAAACAGAUUGUUCAGCCUUCAGCUCUUCGAACAAGGCAAUUGCCCUUUCAUCUCUUCGCCAACGAAAACCCAACUCGAGAGGACGAUAAGCGUCCGAAUAACCCUUUUGGCAGCUUAACGGGAGUCGAGCCGAAUCCAGUCUCACACCAAAGGUUGAAUGUAUACUUGAUGAUAAAUUCUUCUUGAGAACUUCUCCCCAAGCACAUCGAAGUCAAAAAACUCCCCGACUUCUCAAUCAAAGUAACCGACUUAAACGAAGUUGGCGCGCUCAGAGGUGCUCGUCAAAACACUGAAGACACGCAGACAUUCGUUUGAACAAUUAUUAAUCUUGCCAGCCUUUGUUUAUCAUCUACUCGGCCCAUUCACACUUCCUAAGAUGAAGCUUAGUUAUUCUCUGCCCACGGUUCUUUCUUUGUUGGUUGGGUACAUUUUCGACCCAAUAGUCGGAGGCGCCUACGAUUCCAAACUUAAUUCAGUUGAUAAUCAUAUGGUGCAGUUGGAUGACAAGAUUUCUGAGCUCCAAUGGGUAGCUCAAACAAACGGACACCCUGAAGUUCAUCAGCUGUGUGAAAGCGCCAAAGAUUCGCUUCAGAAAGCACAAUCGGCCUGGAAAAACAUAGCCUCCACUUACGGCGACAAGCCCUGGUUGGCUUCAGAUUCCACCUACAAGGCAAGCGUUGAAGAGCAUUGGUACUCAUGUGGCUCCAAGCUAGAGAGUGUUUACGGACACCCUAACGUGCUUCCCGAGAGUGGAGGACAUCCCUCAUAUUCCAAACCGGUUCAAGCUUGCAAGGAAACCUAUGAUACCUGUCAAUCUGGCUUCAAACACAUCUGGGAAUGGGAAUCUCCAAAACCAGUCGCUAGUGGAGCUUACUACAAGCGGCAGACCAAGGCGCGAAGGGACCUAAAAUCAACUGAUCUAAGCCAAUGCCCCACGGGAGAAACUGCCUGUCCAAUCAGUCCCCAUUCCACUGGUAUCGAAUGCAUUGACGUUCAAUCUGAACUAACCAGCUGCGGUGGUUGUGUAAGUAAACAUGAAGGACGAAACUGUAUGGAAAUACCUGGCGCUGCGGGUGUUGGAUGUCACUUUGGCAGAUGCGUUGUUUUCUCCGUUCAUCCGAGCUACUUCUUGGGUCGUGAGGGUCUCCCCAUUCUUCGAAGGAGGAGGCCAUCGAAAUAGUCUAUCUACUCUAUGCCGCAUCGUUAAUCAAUACAGAUUCUUCAUACCAUCUCUUCUAUACUCGAAUUCUCUGUACCCAAAAUAUUUUAUAGCGCAUUUUUUCUUCUCUAUAAUCUAAAUCAUCUAGUAGUAGAAUCUUCCUAACUAGCCAUCAUAAUGAGCAAAAUUUUCUUGAUCUUAUCAGUCUCAAUCAGAUCGCCUGUGCAUAUUAGUGAAUUUAAUAUGUUAAAGAAAUGUGCUGUAGAGCUGUUUUAAUUCUU